CCCAACUAACACCGUCCCAUUUCCUAACCCCGUUGCUCCUUAAAACAUGGGGUUUUUUCCGCCUUAACAAAAAGCCCCUCUUUUCACAACACAACACAACACAUGACAUAAAAUCCUCCUCCUUCACACAUCAUAUCAAACCACAACACUCAUCACCAAUCCAAAAUCCACCACCAAUAUCUCCUUCAUCAAUAAUUCACAUGACCAAUGGAGAUAGAAUCAGCCAAGUGCGAGUGCUGCGGACUGAAAGAGGACUGCACAAAGGAUUACAUAACAAAGGUGAAGGCCGACUUUGAUGGCAAGUGGCUCUGCGGUCUCUGCACAGAAGCGGUGAGGGACGAAGGGAAGAAGAAGGAGAACGGAGGAGUGGACGAGGCCAUGAAGGCUCACAUGUCGUUCUGCAGCAAGUUUAAAUCGAACCCCGCAGUUCGAGUUGCUGAUGGCAUGAGACAGAUGCUGAGGAGGAGGUCCACCGAUCCUACAUCGUCAACGUCGGGCUCCGUUAAGUCACCUAAGAAGUACUACGGGAGGGCAGGGAACAACUCACAAGUACUGGGAGAUGAUGCAUCAGCGUCUCUGUUUUGAUUGAUGCAUGAGGAUGUGGAGGUUUGAAAUCUCUAGCUAGUGAGGUUGGAAUAAGUCUCUUAAUUAAUUAGCCUUUUGAUGGCUUAUAACUAAGCAAUUAGCUCCCUUCUCUUAAAA